AUGAAGUACAUUUUCAUCGCCUCUCUGCUCUCUUGCGCAGUUCAUGCUGCCCCCUUCGCUCAGCAGGGACAGCAGACUCAGCCUCAGCAAGCUCAGCAGGUUGGUCAACAGCAAGGGCAGCAACAGCAAGGAGCCACGCAGCAGCAGGGCACCCAAAAUGCUCAGGGCGGUCAAAACGGUCAAAACGGUCAAAACGGCCGCCAGAACGGCCAGAACGGUCAAGCGAAUGCGCCAGCCAACGGCCCUCAGACUGGAACUGGCGCCGGCGUCGCCAACGGACAGACCCCCACCGCUGCUGAUCUGGCCACGGCCGUCGCGAACUGGAUGGCAGAUACCUCCAUGGUCUCGAACUUCUUGAACACGGGUAAAAGCAUCCAGAACAACGUUGCAUUCAAGCAAGCUGCCACAGUGGCUUUCAACGCCGAGGUGGAUGAGCUGAACCACAAGGCCAUCAUCGAUGCCGCCAAUGGCAACCAGCCCAACGUCAUUGGUGCCAACAGCACCCUUGCUACUGGUGGUUCAUUCCAGGAUGUCGUGAACAAGCUCCAGAUCAUGUCCCAGCAGGGAAUGGCCGCUGUUGCUAACAUUGAUCUGAUCAACCAGAACCGCUGCGUCAAUGGUACGUUCCCUUUAAUUGCAAAACUUGUACAGAAAACUAACAAGGUGCCAGUUCUUCCCAACAUUGAUGCUUACAUGGCUUCCACGGGGUCGUCUUCUCGGGCUGUUCGCCCGAACGUCUGUGACCAGACUGGUGUGGCAGGAGGGUGCGCCCGCGGGCAGCCCAGCGGCUGCGUUCGCUGCCGCCCAGGCUCUUGCUUCUGGAUCUGGGCAACGGAACUCGUACAGAAUGGUGCUACUGGCAACGGUCAACAGGCCACACCUCAGCAGGGUCAACAACAGGGUCAACAACAGGGCGGCCAGGCUCAGCAGCAGACCACUCCCCAGACUCAAACCCCCGCUCAAGGACAGCAGGGCCAGCAACAGCAAGGACAGCAGCAGCAGGGACAGCAACAGACGGGCCAGACUCAGCAGCAGACUCCUCCCGCCCAGGCUCAGACUCCCACCCAGGGACAGCAACAGCAAGGACAACAGCAGCAGGGACAGCAACAGACGGGCCAGACUCAGCAGCAGACUCCUCCCGCCCAGGCUCAGACUCCCACCCAGGGACAGCAACAGCAAGGACAACAGCAGCAGGGACAGCAACAGACGGGCCAGACUCAGCAGCAGACUCCUCCCGCCCAGGCUCAGACUCCUACCCAGGGACAGCAAGGCCAGGCACAGACUCCUAGCCAAGGACAAGCCGCUCAGGGACAGACUUCUACUACUCAGCAACAAGGCCAACAGGGACAAGCUGGUUCUGCCACCCAGGGACAGGGGCAGGGCCAGGCUGCUCAGGGUCAGGCUGCUCAGGGUCAGACUUCUCAGGGUCAGACUUCUCAGACCAAGGGACAGGGUCAGACUUCUCAGACCAAGGGACAGGGCCAGACUUCUCAGACCAAGGGACAGGGCCAGACUGUGCCAGGGUCAGAAGGCUGGAGGUGCUGCGAACCAGUAAGCCUCUGA